CUCUCCACCCGUGGCAAAGCCCACUGCUUUGCAGGCGUGCGCCAAAACUUUUCCUCUUACAGGAGGCUGCUGUCUUUCUGUGGGGGGUGAAACAACAUGGCAGAAGUGCAGGCCGGAAGAAGAAGAAGAAGAAGAAGAAGGAACGAGGGGAUUGUGAUCCACGACGACUGGGCCGGUUACAGUUUGGACCUCUUCAGCUACCCGACCCACUACUCCGGUGACCUGGACUCUGUCAUCAUCCCUCAUGGCGUCAUUAUGGACAGGACGGAGCGUCUCGCUCGGGACAUCAUGGACGACCUGGGCGACCACGACAUCGUGGUUCUGUGCGUCCUGAAAGGGGGCUACCAGUUCUGUGCCGACCUGGUGGACCAGAUCAAAGCCCUUAGCUGCAGCUCGGAGCGCACCAUCCUCAUGAGGGUCCACUUCAUCCGGCUCAAGAGCUACCUGAACGACCAGUCCACUGAAGAUCUUCACAUUCUCGGAGCGGAGGAUAUGUCUUUUCUAACUGGAAAGAACGUUCUGAUUGUGGAGGGCAUCGUGGGCACAGGGAAGACGCUGGAGACUCUCCUGAAGCACGUCGAAGCCUUCAGACCCAAAAUGAUCAAAGUGGCGGGAUUGCUGAUAAAGCGAGUAGAGAAUAGAUCGGCUUGUGUACCUGACUAUGUCGGCUUUGAGAUACCCAACCGUUUUGUGGUCGGCUAUGCCUUGGACUACAAUGAGUAUUUUAGAGACCUUAAUCACAUAUGUGUGAUUAGCGACAGUGGAAAGAAGAAAUAUAAAAUUUAACGUAAACAAAAUUGGGGACCGUCCUCCAUGCCCUCUCCCGCAGCAAGCCCAGACAUUUCCCUGGAGAUGCCUUUCCCACAUCUCUGCUACGAUACCAUCUUAUCUCAAACAUACUUGUCAAGUUUCUCCUUUCAUGCAUGUUUGUUUGGCAAUAAAACAUACCACAUUUAUCUGAUAAUAUUAGCAAAAAGAGGGGAGUUUUUUUUAGAUGAGACAACUGACUCACGUGUUUACCACCACAUUGUUUGUUUAGUAAAUUUGUCUCUGUUAAGAUCUCUGUCGUGCUGCUUUUUUAGUCUCUUAUGAGCUUGAUCAUGGUUUACUCUGAGUUUUCAUAUCUGUGAAACAACAUAAGAAUGUGAGUUUUGUUACAUUUUCAUCUCUGUUGUCAUUUUGAAGGUUUAUUUAGAAACUCUUCUGUCUCGUCUUAGGCUCUGGGGAAAACAAGUGAUCUCAAAACUGUAUGAGCUACCUCGUUUCUCAGGUUUUUAUUUGGGGUGGGGGAUGCUUUUGUCCUUUCUUUUAGUUUAUGAUUUAAUAAAGUGUUUUUUUAAAUAA